GUACAGUAUAAAUAUUAAAUAGUUGGUCUUUCGUAGACCGAAACCAUAGUGUUGUUGUAAACUCGUUAAUACUUAUUUCUUCAACUUCAAUGUAAAUGUGUUUUGUUAUUCUGUUUGUGUGUAUUCCAUUAGAUGUCAUUUCAUUUUAGGCGAAUAGCCAUUAGCUAAUUCGUGUUUUUUUGUGAUAGAGUGAAUAAGUGAUUAUCGAUAGUCGAUUGACGGAAUCGACCCAAUUGGUUAGUUGUAACAACUCGUAGGUAGUUGUUGAUCUUAUUUAUUUUUUUCAAUGGUUUGCUUUGGUGAUUAACCUCCAACCACUUUUUAACCGCUGGACCACAAGUAAUUCGAACAUCAUACAAUGACUCAAUUUCUUCCGCCCAAUUUGUUGGCGCUUUUCGCGCCGAGGGACCCAGUCCCUUACCUGCCGCCGGUUGCCAAAUUGCCUCACGAAAAGAAAACCCGUGGAUACUUGGGAGUCGGGAGUUUUAUGGAUUUGUUCGAAGACCCUGAAGACACGCCUCCUCCAACUAAAAUUGAAACCCGAGAAGAACGACUAGAGCGCCGUCGUCGCGAGAAGGCUGAACAGGUGGCGUACAAAUUAGAACAAGAAAUUGCUCUAUGGGAACCACAUUCAGUUGCGAAUGCUACAACAGAUCCAUUCAAAACAUUAUUUGUUGCUAGAAUUAAUUAUGAUACUUCUGAAUCAAAAUUACGAAGAGAAUUUGAACUUUAUGGUCCUAUAAAAAAGAUUGUUGUCACACAUAAUAAGAUUGAUGGUAAACCAAGAGGGUAUGCUUUCAUUGAGUACGAAUAUGAACGUGAUAUGCAUUCUGCAUAUAAACAUGCUGAUGGAAAAAAGAUUGAUGGACGAAGAGUAUUGGUGGAUGUUGAGAGAGCACGCACAGUCAAAGGAUGGCUUCCCAGAAGAUUAGGAGGUGGAUUAGGGGGUACAAGACGAGGUGGACCAGAAGUAAAUUUGAAACAUUCAGGUAGGGAAGAUAAUGAACGAGAAAGAGAAAGGUAUGCCCGUGAAAUGGCCGGUAGUCGUUCUGGACGUAGUGUUACUACAGAAAGAGAUCGUGAACGUGAUUAUCGUGAUCGAGAUAGAGAUCGUGAACGUGAACCAAGACGUCCUCGUAGUAGAGACCGUGAAAGAAAGCGUCACCGUUCUAAGUCACGUUCACGUGAACGCAAGAGACGUCGUAGUAGAGACCGUGCUAGAGAUGUAGAGUAUGAUGAAGUUGAAGAGGUUCCUGUUUCUAAAUCUAGAGAUAAAGAUCAUGAUCGUGAAAGAAAAAGGAAACGUAGUCGUUCUAGGGACCGUGAACGUAAGAAGGAUCGCAAAGAAAGAGAUCAUCAUCGCCGAGACAAGAGUAAAGAUCGCCGUGACAAACAUGAUAAAGACAACUCUGAACGUGAUGACAAAAUUCACAUUAAACAAGAACCUGUUGAUGAAUAUGACAGCAAUUAUGACAAUUACAAUAAUGACUAUGAUAAUUACAACAGUCCCCAUGAUGACUAUGAUCCAGAUAUGAUCAAAAAGGAAGAACCCGAUGAAGAAAAUUCAAAUGGUGGCCGUUACAGUAAUAAUAUGAUUUAAUAGACUGUCUUGUACUAUAUUGUCUAUUUUUUACAUAAGUCAAAUUGUAAAACUUAAGAAAAAUGGAAUUAAAAUAAAAGUAAUAAUUAUUGUUUAGUUCAAUGUUUCAAAACAAGUUUUUGUUUCUAUGUAUUAGUAAGUAAAUAAAUUCCACAUCUUCAA